AUGACUCACUUUUAUGAGAGCUCUCGUGGGCGGCAUGACCGUUCCUCAGAAACGCUGGAUUCAGAGUCAAUCCGGCAGAUGUUAGAGGAUGGCGAGCUGGAUACGAUGCGUUGGGAGGACGACGACAUAGCCCAAGAGCUGGUGUGCUUUCCCGAUGUGACCGAUGCGAAAGCCUCCACAAAUUUGUACCUGUUCAUUAGAAACAAGAUAUUGCAACUUUGGCAUCUUGAACCCAAUGUGGAACUUACAAGUGCAAGAUGCAAUGUGGAGAACUUCCUGGGUUCUUCACAAUACAAUUCAGUUGCAGGUGAUCGAAGUAUGUGGUGUUCUCGGUUGUCUGCAAACGUUUACGGCUUCAUCAACUUCGGGAACUUCCACAGACUAGAUGUAUCUACUUUGGUUCUUACUUCAAAGCGAAAACGAGUCAUCAUCAUUGGUGCAGGCGCGGCCGGUAUCGCGGCCUUGAAACAACUUCACUUUUUUGGAUUUGAUGUGGUAUUAUUAGAAGCACGAAAACGGCUUGGUGGUCGAGUGCAUACAUAUCAUCAGAAGGACUCCAAUAUUGUAGCAGAUUUGGGUGCUAUGGUUGUCACGGGAAUAAAUGGGAACCCUGUGGUGACGAUGAUGCGGCAAACACAGUGCACUCCAAUUCGAAUUGCACCGGAUUGUCCGAUUUAUGAUGAAUAUGGCAAAUUAGUUGACCAGCGGAAAGACGAGCUUGUUGCAGAAGCUUUCAAGAAAAUCGGUGACACAGCUUCCUACAUUGCACAUACUCUGCAUGUUACGGAAGUGAAUGGAAAGAAACUGAGCCUAGCUGAUGCCUACAAUAAUAUACUUGAAAUGCUCGAGCUUCGCAUGCAGCGAAGGCGGCUGAAAUUCUGGCAGAUCUAUGAAGAAAUUUUGGAGAAAAUGAAACAGGUUCAAAAUGAGAUGACUUUGUAUAAAAAGAGUGCGGCAUACCUAGCUGAUAAGUUGAGGACGCAAGAUCUCACACUUUUGCGUUCGGAGAAUGCGGAUACCAGACUUGAGCAGGAUAUUCUACGUCGUUGCUAUAAGAGGGAUUUGGGAGAAGCGAUAAAACGCUACGAUGCUGCAAGAGAGCGAUUCCGCAAUUUAGAAACAACGUUACGUAAUCUCAAAAAACAAGAACCGAGUGAAGUGUACAUGAACCAACGUGAUCGUCGACUUCUCGAUUUCCACUUCGCUAAUUUGGAGUUUGUCAGCGGGGGAACAUUGGACAAAUUGUCUCUACAGCACUUUGAUCAAGAUGACGAAUUUCAGUUCACUGGUUCACAUAUGGCGAUUCGAGACGGCUAUGGCGACUUCUUGACUCGAUUGGUUAGCAGUGACGUUGCCGGAUUGAUCAGGCAGAACGCCGUAGUCGAAAAGAUCAAAUACAAUGACAAAGGUGUAGAAGUCCAUUACAAAUCUGAUGACACAAGAUCUUCAGUAGAAGGUGACGUGUGUUUGUGUGCUAUGCCACUGGGUGUUUUAAAGCGAUCUGUCGGCAACUGUAAUGAGGCUCCGAAGUUUGACCCACCACUACCGGAACCCUCUGUCGAUGCCAUCAACGAAAUGGGAUUCGGAAACUUCAAUAAGGUGGUCCUAAUCUUCUCUCGCCCGUUUUGGGAUGUAACUCAAAACUAUUUCGGUCACCUCAACCAUUCGAAGGCAUCUCGAGGUGAAAUGUUCAUGUUUACUGCGUUGAGUAAGGCACCUGUUCUAAUCGCAAUGAUGGCCGGAGAAGCUGCCAAUUUGGAGGCGCCCAAUGAGGUCAUAGUUCGAAAAGCCAUGAAUGUGUUAGCCAAUAUUUUUGGUUCGGCAUGUCCCAAAGGGCCAGUUGAAGCAGUGAUCACACGAUGGCAUAAAGAUCCAUUCGCCUCAGGAGCAUACGCGUAUAUACCCUGCGGAAGUGAUGGCGAUUUAUGGGACAGAUUGGCCGAACCUGUGAGGGCUCGGAUGGAGGACGGCUCUUACACUGGUGAAGAGCGAAUUUUCUUCGCUGGAGAGCACACGAGUGGGCGGUAUCCGGCUUCUGUUCAGGUAAGGGUGUGGAGCAAGCGAUUCCGUGGUUUUGUCAGGGAUUGGGACCGUGUCCUCCAGAGAAAAGGUUUCAUAUGG